GACACACGCCUAUAAAGUGACAGGAAAUGAAAGCCCCAUAGUCCUUUCGGAACCCCGGAUUGCUGUCUUGACCUCCCUGCACCCCUGCCCCAGCACACUGGACCAGGAGGCUGCCUGAUGCCUUGCAGUGCUUUCCCUGUUUCCUGUUCUCACCGGGCCCCUCCCCCACACCACACUGACCUAACAGACGCAGGUGCUUCAGAGGCAGAAGGUGGGUGUCACUCACAUCUGUGGAGCUAACGGUCCUGGCAGGGGCUCUGUGUGGGACAUGGGGGUCAGAUGUCCCUCCAGGAUGGGAGCAGGCAUGCAGGCUGCUAUUCCGGGGCUCUGAUCAGGCUGUGUAUUUAUAGCACUGGGGGGAGGGCUCCCAACACAGGCGGCGGCAGACAGGCUGCUGUACUGCAAUGUCACCGUGGACACUGCCAGCACCUGCCACAGCUGAGAAGGACAGAGGUCUCUCGACAGGGCAGACCCCAGGGCAGCUGGGCGCUGUGUGAGGCCGAGAAGCAGCCGGCCAGAUGGGCAGCACCAUGGAGCCCCCCGGGGGUGCGUACCUACACUUGGGUGCUGUGACAUCCCCUGUGGGCACAGCUCGUGUACUGCAGCUGGCCUUUGGCUGUACCACCUUCAGCUUGGUUGCUCACCGAGGAGGCUUCGGAGGCGUCCAGGGUAACUUCUGCAUGGCUGCCUGGGGCUUCUGUUUCGCUCUCUCAGUCCUGGUGGUAGGCUGUGAGCUCACACGGCUCCACAGCUGCCUACGCCUCUCCUGGGAUAACUUCACAGCCGCUUUCGCCAUGCUAGCCGCCCUGCUGUGCGCCACGGCAGCCGUCAUCUAUCCUCUCUACUUCACCCGGCUGGAGUGCCCACCUGAACCUGCUGGCUGCAUGACCAGGAACUUCCGCCUGGCAGCCAGCGUCUUUGCUGGGCUCCUCUUCCUGGCCUAUGCUGCUGAGGUGGCCCUGACACGGGCCCGACCGGGACAGGUGACCAGCUACAUGGCUACAGUGUCAGGACUCCUCAAGAUCGUCCAGGCCUUUGUGGCCUGCAUCAUCUUUGGGGCACUCAUCCAUGACAGCCGUUACGGGCGCUAUGUAGCCACACAGUGGUGCGUGGCUGUCUACAGCCUAUGCUUCAUGGCCACAGUGGCUGUGGUGGCCCUGAGCGUGAUGGGCCACACUGGGGGCCUGGGUUGCCCGUUUGACCGCCUACUGGUGGUGUACACCUUCCUGGCCGUGCUCCUGUACCUCAGUGCUGCUGUCAUCUGGCCUGUCUUCUGCUUUGACCCCAAGUACGGAGAACCAGGUCGGCCCUCUGACUGUCUCCGGGGCAGCUGUCCCUGGGACAGCCAGUUGGUGGUAGCCAUUUUCACAUAUGUCAACUUACUUCUCUACAUCGUUGACCUCGCUUACUCCCAGAGGAUCCGCUUUGUACCUACCUUGUAGCCUGGCCGGCGGCUGCCCUCUGCAGACUGGCCAAGAGCACCCGAGGCUGACCAAGGUGAACCAAGACAUCGGGCGGAGGGAGGUUGAAGGCUCAGGGCAGUCUGCUCUUGGACAUCCAGGAUCACUUGGGGGAAGAGAGGAGCAGGAGACCCUGGACAGGGAACAGGGUGGCUCAUUUGCACUCAUCCUUCCUGUCUCCAUCUCUGUCUCCCUGCCUCUGUUUCCUAGCCAUCCUUGAGCUCAGUGCUGGUUACUGAACUGCAUGAGAACCCUCUGGAGCAGAUGCUCUCAUAACUCAUUUUGCAGAAGGGAAAAGUGAUGCUAGAUAGACUUUACAGGUGGCCCAGUAUGUCCAUCAGUGCCUGAGGAUGGCAUUCAGCUGGGUAAUGUAAAGUAGAAAGGUUUUCCCGAAGUUGGGUGGGUCAGAAACUAGCCAAGGAGAGCCCUGGGGGCAGGCCGCUGGAAACUAGCCAAGGAGAGCCCUGGGGGCAGGCCGCUGGAAGGAAAUGUUGGAGCCGGAAGCUCUUCCUUGUUUGAGGCGCAGCUGCUAAAACCCUGGGAGAAGACUUUUUUUGGAUGGCUGUGCCAACUCACAGAGGAGGAGCCUGGAAACCAGGAUGGGCCUCAUCAAUGUCCUGGAGUGUCACAGUGGCCAUGGCUUUUUGAAACAGGCAAAGACGGUGCUGAGGCUCCCGAGGCUACCUCCCACGGCAAAGCAGGUUGGAGAUGGCUCUGGUAGCCAGAGGCCAUGGCCAGCAGCACCACCAGAAGCAUUGUGAAAAAGAGAUGGGUUCUAAGUCAGUGACAGAGCUCCUGUCUAGACACGCAACAUGAACUGUGACCCAGAAGCUUCUGUAGUACCUGCCAUGGGUUCUGUGUCUGGCCUGGUGGACAACACGGACUCACUGUGAGGGGCCAGCUUGGGACUGCCAAUGGGACAUGAAGCCUGGACACUGGGAGCCUCCACUCAAGCAUCUAGCCAGCCAGCUGCUCCUCUGAAAGACUCAGACUGAACUAGCCCGGGGCAGGCCCAUGGCCACCUGGAGAUCAAGUAUUGGAGGUAACAGCUCAGCAGCCCCUCAGCCCACUGACUGAUGGGCCCCCAGGUCCUCAAGGUAGAAAUAAA